AUGAAAUCCGUCGAAAGUCUGACCUUUGGUGCCUUGGCGAAGAUGGAGAAAUCAAUGUUAUCUGGGAGAACAUCCUCGAAUGGAAGAAUCAGGUCAGUUGGGAGGAAUAAAGUGGAGAACGGAGUUGUAGAGGGGAUACUAGGAGCUGUUCAAUCGAGAAAGAGUUUGGUUUUGUGAAAGGCCCGCUAUUACGACAUAUUUUUUUAAAUGUUGCGGUAGGGAUGACUACUUUCCCUGCAAGUGAAGUACCCCAAAUUCGACGCCCAGAUUUUCUUUAGAUUUUGCACGCAUGUCGGGCAUGAACUAAAUACAAAUUCCUGAAAGUUUUAGCUCGCGCUUUGCAAACGCCGCCGAGAUAUUGAAUGAUUUUUGCCGCCGAGAGAACAUGCUAAACGUGAAGAGCGGUUAGAGAGAAAACGCUUUUUGGCCAUAGCUUUAGCAGUUAUUGUUUUUUUAAAAGUUUUUCGCUUUUUAAUACAUUGUUCUUUCAGAAAGACCUUCAUCCUUCAUGUUUGCCUUGUGGUCAACACGGAAGCUGGAGUGAUCGGAAACGAAGAACAAGUCACUCUGCCGAAACCUGCCUUCCGUGGAACGGUCGGCUUGUUUGAAUAUGUACAGUUCAAUUUGUUUGGGGGUAAGUGAAGCUUUCGUUAAUAGAGGGACUUUGGUUGGUCUACAGAGUGUUUCUAGAAAUUCCUCGGAAAGUAAUCGCCGAUUUCUUAGCGCUCAGUCAAGAUAUCCAAAAAAUUUUUUUGCAUAACAAAGAAUAUGGGCGGUUUUUUGCCUUAAAAAAUCAUUUUCUCCGCCAACGCGGAAAGCAGUGUAUUCGGCGGAGACUUUUGGGCGCUUUUUUGGUUAUCACACGAAUUUUUAACUUGAUUAUGAAAGAUUUGUAGGGGCUUUAUGUUGUUGACGAGAUAGUUAAAUUUCGUUUUCAAAUUUUUCCAUUUGUAGUAAAGCAUUGCUUCCAGGUUUCCCAAAGUUUGUAUAUGAAUGA